AUGGAGUCAAUGGCUCUGUACAACUUCCAGACGACGGAGAAGGACGAGCUCCCCUUCCAUAAAGGGGACAUCCUGAAGAUCCUCAACAUGGAAGAUGACCAGAACUGGUACAAGGCUGAGCUGUUCGGCUGUGAGGGCUAUGUCCCCAAAAACUACAUCAAGGUCAUGCCACACCCGUGGUACGCGGGCAGGAUCUCCCGGCAGCUGGCAGAGGAGCGGCUCCUCAAGCGCAACCACCUUGCUGGAAGAGUCUGGGCACUGCCAGCAUCCCCAAGGCCUGGGUAACAUCCACCCUCCUUCCGCAGCUACGGGAAGCAUGUCCAGCACUUCAAGGUGCACAGGGAGAAGAAUGGCAGAUAUUUCCUCUGGGAGGAAAAGUUUAACUCCCUCAAUGAGCUGGUGAAUUUCUACAGGACAACAACAAUCGCCAGAGAGAAGCAGAUCUUCCUCUGGGAUGAGGACCAGACCCGGGAGGUGAAGAGACCCCAAUUUGUGCAAGCCCAGUCUGACUUCUUUGCCCAUGAGGGCUCCCAGCUGCCCUUCCUCCGCGGGGACAUCAUUGAGGUCCUGGACUGUCCCGACUCCAACUGGUGGCAGGGGAAGAUCUAUGGGCGCAUCGGCUUCUUCCCUCGGAACUACGUCCACCCCAUACGCAAGUGA